ACCAAUUAACCUAACCUCACUAUUUUUAUCUUGGAGAAUAAGUUAACAAAUUAAAUCAUGGAACAAACAAUUUCUCAAUCAACAAGUCAAUACGAUCAAUAUUUGCAAGAAAUUGAAGGUGUCGACGAUUAUUGGGGCCCAACUUUUAGAGCUAUUUACGACCGAAACGAGCAAGAAACCUUCAAUGAGAAGUUACAACAACGAGUUAAACAUUAUGAUCGUGAUAUCGAACGACUCUGCAAUGUGUCUUAUCACGGGUUUAUUGAGGCGAUUAGGGAGCUUUUAGAAGUUAGAUCGCAGGCUAAAAAGCUAAAUGGCGAAGUUGUUACUAUUAAUAAAAGCCUACAAGAAGCAUCAGAAGCUUUAAAUAAAUCGGGGGCGGAAUUAUUGCAAGCUCGGAAAGUUCAAAGCAACAUUGCAAUGGUCAUUUCACAAAUGAAUUUAUGUCUUCCGGUUUUAACUACUUAUACAAAGUUAAAAAAGCAAAUUGCUGAUAAACGGUAUUACCCUGCUUUAAAAACUUUGGAGGAAUUAGAACAUGUUCAUUUACCCCAUGUUGCUAAUUAUCGAUUUUCAGCUGAAUUAUGCGCAAAUAUUCCAAAGAUUCGACAAAAUAUUGAGAAAAGUUCAAUGUCGGAUUUAAGGGAUUUUUUGGAGAAUAUUAGGAGAUUUUCUCCUAAAAUUGGAGAAGUGGCUAUGUCACAUACGAGUGAGCAACUUCCUACUGAUCCCACAGGAAUAGGUCGUAAAAAGAAACGAAUUCCACCAAAAGAUGUAAAUGAUGAGUUUGAAAUUAAAGAUUACGGAGAAGAUGAAGAUCUUUGCGCCCAAGAAAUGAUUGAUUUCUCGCCGAUUUAUCGCUGUUCGCACAUUUCUAGCGUUUUAGGUUCGCGAUCCACCUUUGAAACUUAUUAUAGAGCGGAAAGAACUAAACAAGCCCGUUUAGUUUUACAACCUCCACCAAAUAUGCACGAAGCCGAAGACAGUUACCGACAAUACAUAAAUUCGAUUCUGGGCUUUUUUAUAUUAGAAGAUCACAUUCUCAACACCGGAAACGGAUUGAUAACGAGAGCUUUUUUGGAUGAAAUGUGGAAUACCGCUUUAUCCAAAAUUGUUUCAACUUUACAAACGCAUUCGGCUUAUUGUACCGAUGCAACAUUAAUUCUACGUAUAAAAGACUUAAUAAUGUUGUUUUGCACCACAUUAAGAAAUUAUGGUUACACCGUAAAACCGUUGUUGGAAUUAAUGCGAGAAUUACGCGAUCAUUACACAGAGGUGUUAAUGCAACGUUGGGUGCAAGUUUUUCGUGAGAUUUUAUCAAACGAAACGUUCAAACCGCUCGAAGUGAACGAUAUGGAGUCGUUUGGACGAGUUUUAUCCGAAUUUCCUAUUGAUGAUAACCUCCCAGAUGAACCUAUUGAAUUUCCGUUUGGUUUUCCAUUUUCCGGGAUGGUUCCGAAAGUUUAUAACGAAGUCAAAGAGUUUAUUUAUGCCUGUUUGAAAUUUUCGGAAGAUUUAAAUCUGAGUCAAGUUGAAGUCGAUGAGAUGAUACGAAAAUCGAUGAAUUUGCUUUUGACUCGUACUUUUAUCGGGUGCUUAUCGUCGAUAUUUCGUAGCCCGCAUAUUAAUUUGCAAGAAAUUAUUCAAAUAAUCGUUGAUACUAGUUAUUUAGAGAAAGCGACGGUUUAUUUGGACGAAUUUAUUUCGAAUAUAACCGGGGAGGAAACCCGUGGGGUGUCUUCAACGGUCAUUCAGGGACAACCAGCGUUGUUUCGCGCUGCUAGAGAAGACGCUGAAAGACAAAUUUGCGAAAAAUUGAAACAAAAAAUUGAUGAAUUUAUCGAGUUGGAACGCUACGAUUGGUUAUUAGUUGAGCCUCAAGGACAUGCUUCGAGUUUUAUAACCGAUUUAAUCUCGUUUUUGCAAACUACUUUAUUGGGAUUCACUAAAUUACCGGCGCAAGUCGCCCAAGCAGCUUGUAAAUCAACUUGUCAACACAUUUCAGGUUGCUUAACGGAGAUUUUAUUGGAUGAUAACAUUAAACAAAUUUCGAUGGGGGCUCUAAACCAAAUCAAUUUGGAUCUAUUACAAUGCGAACAAUUUGCUGCUUUGCAACGCGUUGAAGGGCUCCAAGAAGACGCCCUUUUAUCAUAUUUCGCGCAAUUACGCGAAAUUUUAGAUUUAAUAAUAUCGUGGGAUUGGCCCACUUAUUUCCACGAUCACGGCCAGGAAAAUAGCAAAUACAAAUUGGUUAAUCCAGAAACGGCUAUUAUUUUAUUGGAAAAAUUAAGAGAAGGUGAUAAAAAAACUAUGUUUACCGUCUUGAAGAAAAGCGAAAGGGAAAAGAAGAAAUUGUUAGAAACAGUUUUGAAGCAGUUGAGGCAAUUGUCACAAACUACAAAUAAAAAUUAAUGCUUUACUAUUAUUUAUUAACGUUUUGUAUUAAUCUGUAAUAAAUAAUCGUAAUUGAAGUCUUUGAAACACCUAAGUGGUUAUAUAAGUGUAAUAAUAUAACCAAAUCGUAUUAAUCGUGGGUGAGGUUACAAAUAAUAAUUAUAAAAAUUUGCUUUUGUAUUAAUAAAGUGUUGUAAAUAUAUUAGAAUUCAUUAUGUAUUAUA